AUUUCUAUAGUAAUAAUUAUUUUUCAGAUGUCGUCAACAAAGGUGCUGGUUUGCGCGUUAGUGGUUGUGUGCAUUAGCUUGAGGCAUGGACUGGCCGCGCCCGCGCCACAAGAAGACGGACCACCCACACCGUAUGAAUAUAAAUACGACGUAGAAGACCCAGAAAAGACGUUAUAUUUCGGCGCUAACGAAUCUGGUGAUGCACAGGGGAAAGUCGUCGGAGGGUACCGAGUAUUGCUUCCUGAUGGUAGACUCAUGAAUGUUGAAUACACGGUCGAAGGUGAGAGCGGUUUUGUCCCCAAGAUUACCUUCGAGAAUAACGCAAACCCAUUCGGCCAGGGCAAGUGAACAUGACGAUGUAAACAACAACAAUCAUAUAAGUCAAAUAUUGUAAAAUUUCUA